UGCAAACGACCCGAGCAAAGCGCGUUUCUUCGGCAGGGUGCAGUCCCUCGUAGGAUCAGCUGUUUACAAGUAUUCAUCUUUGCCAGCAGGCAGCUGUGACAAGCGAUCCUCUUCACCAUGAGCUUGGAUGACAAAAGCACCCAAACAGCUGCGGCGGACUGGAUCUUCUCUGAGGGCUCUGUCUGCAACUUCAUCAUCAAACGCCGACCAAAGACAUAUGGAAACAAGACAUUCAUCCAACCAAAGCCCACCACACCAAGUCCCAUACGGGAACACAAGAUCUUCAAGACCAAGAACCUUCGUCAGGAACAGGAAAAGAAAAAAGAUGACAAAACCUUGCAUUUGUCAGUGACACUCAAAAGUAAUCCUGUUAAAAGUUCAUCAAAUAACAAUGGCAGCCCGUCUGGGUACCAGAUGAACUACAGUUCUGAGAAGACCAAUGCGUCUUCCCAGGUGGACAGUGCUGAGCUGACUGAGAAGGUGGAUCAGGGCACAUCCACAACCAAGCCCAAACCCACCAGGCCUCACUGGUCAACUGAGCCUGGGUACCCAAAGAUGCCAGUCCCACUGGCUGGCAACCCAAACCCAUUCACACCUAUCAUCAAGAAGGUCAACCGAGUUGCUGACUUCAUAAAUGAUAACACAAGUAUUACUACAUCUGGGACUCAUCCGGUUACAGGACCGUCCAAAGCCCCAGGACAUGCUGCUGGAAGUGUUUCUCCACAGUCAGAUGCUGCUGCUGCAGAUGAUGUUUCAGAUCCUCCUGAAGAACCUGCAGAGGUUCAAGAUGAAGAACAGGAACAGGAACAGGAUGAUGUUGAGGAGGAAGAAGCUCAGCCUACCCCUGAAGCCAGUCCUCCAAAACGACGUGGGCGACCAAGGAGAAAGAAGGGUGUGGGUUCUAAGAAAAAAUCAAAGAGCAGAAAAGAUGAUUCCGAUGAAGAAACCAAUGACCAGACUCCUGGUCGCAAAACAUUGCCCAAAGUUCUGAAAUGUAAAAUCUGUUCAAGGAAGUUCUCCACGAAGAAGAAUCUGAAAAAUCAUUCCAAUGUUCACCUUGAUAAGAAGCCAUUCAGAUGUGAUGCCUGUGGUGCUGAAUUUACUUUGAAGCGAACGUUGGUGAUCCAUACUCGACGUCACACUGGCUACAAACCCUUCAAGUGCAACAGCUGCGAGAAGUCCUUCACAAGGUCCACAGACCUCACCAAGCAUGUGCGUAUCCACACGGGAGAGAAGCCUUUUGAAUGUGAAAUAUGUCAGAAGAAAUUCACCUUAAACAGUCACUUGAGAGCUCACAAUUUUAUCCACAAUGGCAAUAAGCCGUACAAGUGUGAGCAGUGUGGUGAGACAUUCAUCUACCCUAGCCAUCUGAGCAGGCACAUGAUAAGCCACACAGACAACCGCCCCUUUAAAUGCAAGCAGUGCAGCAAGAGUUUCAACAGAAUGGAUUCUCUGAAGAAGCACAUGUGGACUCAUGAAACCGACCGACCACAUACAUGUAAACACUGUAAGAACACUUUCACCCGCCCGGAGUAUCUGAAGUCUCACAUGCGUGUACACACACGGGAACAGAUGUGUCAGUGUUCGUACUGCAGUAAGGAGUUUACCUGUGUGAGCAGCCUGAAGCGCCAUCUACUGUCACACACCGAGGAGAAAGUGUAUCAGUGUUCCGUGUGCUCGCAGGAGUUCACUCGGCUGUAUGACUGGACCAAACACUCCAUCAUACACACAGGAGUCAAACCGUUUGAGUGCACGGUCUGUGGCAAGGGUUUCACUGUGAAGGGAGCCCUCACUAUACACUACAGAGCUCAUUUUAAGCCCAGGAAAAUUGACGAAGUUCGACAUUAGAAUGGUCUUACAUUAUUGUGUGAGAAUAUAAGAAUUUCUUGAAUGAUGUUGAUAACAUAUUUGCAGGGGUUGAUAAAUAGACCUUACAUCUCCACAUAUACCAGUAAGUAUGAAGCAACAAGUUAUUGGCUUGUGAAAUAUGAAGUUCACAAAAAUAGAAACAGAAAAUAGAAUUCAAAAACAGUAAAGGUGUUUAAAGGUAACUGUCAUUGAAGUUUGUUUCUUUUUCUGGAACUCUAUAAAUUAUUCUGUUGGACAGAUUGUUUUAUGUCACUGGUUGUGUUGAAGCCUGCAUAUGUGUUGUGUGUAUGGUAGAUCUGCAUAAAGAUCAUCUCUGUGUGACACUGUCCUCGGCAAUGGUUGAUGUUGGAACUUUGCUUAUAUUCUGCUUCAUCAGAAGCAAUGUGAUCAUACUGAUGCAACAAUAUUUUGUUUGGACAUUUAUUUUUGUGCAUAUUUGAUGUCUCAUUCUUUUUGGUUUCAUAUUUCUCAGGUGCGAGAAACGGCAAAACCAUUCAUAUGAAAUAUCUCUGAGCGUGUGAUUCAUUUGGGUGCUUUUGACCCAACUUACAACUAAAUCAAUUCGCCAGGUUGAACUAUGUUGUGUCCGAGCCGAGAAUUCAAGGCGACGAAAGCCGAGAUGUCAUUUGACUUACAUUACACGCGAACGCACGAA